GACGCCCCGGAGCGAGAGCGCAGAGCCGGACCCGGAGUACGUGCUGGUUGCCAUCUACCAGGAGGCGGAGGCGCUGAGGACUUCCCCGUCAGCCCCGCUGCAGGGGGGCGACCGGCGCAGCGAGCUGCUGGCGCUGAACAAGGAGCUGCUCAACAACGCCCUGAUGCAAUUCCCUGGCGCCUGCGAGCGGUACUCGGCGAGGCAGCGCGAGGUGCAGGUCCAGCUGUGGGAGGCCUGCAUCAGCAGCGAGCUGCAGCGCAUGCGGAGUCCUGUCCACGGGACGAAGGCUCGCCGCAUGAAGAGCAAGAUCCUCAUCGGCGGCGAGGCGAGUGAGGUCGCCAGGCUGAACCCUGAGGUCUUUUCCUACAUGCGCCUGGACGAGCUGAAGUUCGAGCAGGUCUUUGCCACACGAACGCUCGACCCCGAGUCGGGCGCCAAGGUGACCGACAACGAGACCGAAUCGGACGUCCUGAGGAGAUAUAUCGUCCCCCCGCACCACAGCCGGAAGGUCAAGUGGGACCUGUUCGUGGGUGCCCUGGUCCUGUACUCGGUAAUGGUUAUCCCCUUCCGCUUCGGAUUUGGUAUUCAAGACGACGGAUUUUCAGAGGCCAUUGAUUGUACUGUGGACUUCCUCUUUUUCGUAGACAUCUGUUUGAGCUUCCGAACCGGCUAUCUCGACUCAGAGGGCGGUGUCAAUACGAUACCGUCUCAUAUUCGUAACAGAUAUCUUCGAGGUUGGUUCGUGAUCGACCUCAUCUCCACCCUCCCCUGGGCCGCCAUCGUCAGCGCCUCGGUGCCCGAGGCGAAGCAGAACACGGCCGCGAGCAGGCUCCUCCGCUUCACGCGGCUGACCCGCAUGCUGAAGAUGGCCCGCGUCAUUAAGAUAGCGCGCCUCUCCAAGCUCGCAGUGUCCAGCGUGGGGCCGCAUGCGAGCGGCGGCGAUGCCCAGCGGGCUGGCCGCUGGCGUCGAGCCCUGGCGGGCGCCGCGGGGGUGCUGCUGGCGGGCGCGUGGGCCGCCCGGCGCACGCCCGCCCCGGGCGCGGGGCGCCUCAGGCACGCGGCAGAGGUCUCGGGGCAGGGCCGGGGAGGGGGGCCGGGUGGCUACUGGCCCCGGACCAGUCUGCACGACAUGCAGUUCGAGCCCGUGCAGCGGGUGCGCUUCACCAACGCCUCGCACUUGGCGUCGGUGGCGGUGCCGCAGGGGCUGUCUCAGUGCCACGAGCAGCAGCACCACCGUCAAGACGCUCAGCACAUUGAUGCUUUGAGCAUGUUCGAGCACAGCGGCAACCGAGACGAACAGCGGCUUAGUGUAGCCCCGCUUCUCGGUCCGCCUUGCAACCAUGUUCCUGGCUUUUGUGAUACGCUCUUGAGGCACGUGGCCACCGGGACAGACGAUGGACCCGAGAUGAAGAGGAGGAGGCUCUGGCCGGACUAA